AUCUUUAUUCUCUUUUGUCCUUCUCUCAAUUAAAGUUCAAGCAAUAUUUGGAAUUCCUCUGUAAUGGCUGCGGACUUUCAUUCGCAAGAAAUCUCACAAAAAACAGUAACUCCCCCAUCAACUCCAAUGUCUUCCAUGCCUUUGCAGUUGUCCGGAUUUCUCAGUGGAGACACCAUUCAGGUUGAGGGUGACACGGGGAAUUUGCACUUCUCUGUCAAAUUCAAUGUCCAUAACAAAUGUUUGUCCAAGAAUGAGAGCAACUUUCACUUUCCGAGUUUGAAUUCCCUGGAGAAUGAUGUCUCUUGUCAGAAAUCAAGUUUCUCUUCCUACGUGACUCCCAAAAGUACUCAGGAGAUAGAAAAUGAGAUUGUAGAUUCAGAGCCAUCGAUGGUUGAGAAUCAUGGGAUUAAGACUGAAAGGACGGCAAAGCCUGAUACAACAACGAGAAGGGCUAUAAUGACAAGGCUAAGGAGUGGGGCUAUAUCUCAGGUGAGGUAUUUUCCUCGGAUUUCUAGGAAGGAAUGCAGGGAUUUAAGGUCUUGCAUGAGUAUGACAAUGAAACGGAAGAAAAAAAAGAGAGAGAUGGGAGAUAUUGUAUUAGAGAAGCUGCUGCAAAGACGUAGUUGUCCUGUUAGACCAUGCAGUUCCUAUAUUUUCUUUGUAAUGGCCAGUUGGGGUUCGGUUAAGUGUUCUUCCUUUGGUGAAGCAAGCAAAAGACUGAGCCAGAUGUGGUGCAAAUUGCCCCGUAAAGACAAGAAGAUAUACGAGGACAUAGCUCUAAAAGAUAGUGCAAGGUGUAGGAGGCAAUGCAUGCUUUUGAACUGCCAAGUCCAGGACCGGUCUCCCCAUCAGAAUAGCAGUAUUGAUGCACAUUCAGCAAAUUAGGUACCGCACG